AUGCUGCCCCAAACAUCUCCAACAGAUGUUGCCCCAAACACCUCCAGCAGAUGCUGUCCUAAACAACCUCCAACAGAUGCUGCCCUAGACACCGCCAAUAGAUGCUGUCCAAAACACCUCCAACAAUUGCUGUCCCAAACACCUCCCAACAGAUGCUGUCCCAAACACCUCCAACAAAUGCUGUCCCAAAUACCUCCAACUGAUGCUGUCCAAAACACCUCCAACAGAUGCUGCCCCAAACAACCUCCAACAGAUGCUGCCCCAAACAACCUCCAACAGAUGCUGUCCCAAACACCUCCAACAGAUGCUGCCCCAAACAACCUCCAACAGAUGCUGCCCCAAACAACCUCCAACAGAUGCUGUCCCAAACACCUCCAAUAG